CCCAAACCCCAAAGCCACAGCCAGCAACUGAUAGCAAGAGCUGAAAAUUAAUGGCAUCGGACAAGAAAGGCGUGGGUUUGUCGUUUCUUGAUUCUCUUGCGGACGAACCUCCUCCUCCUUCCCCUCCUCCUCCUCCUUGCAUCGAAGUACUUUCCUCUCAGGUUUCGUCAUCUGUCAAGUGCACUCUGGAGCCAGUCAACAUAAGUGAUGAACUCACUUUGCUCAAGGGCCGAGUGAGCACUAAAGAGGUUUUUGGGUUGCCUAACUCCGAUUUAGUUCCUGGGGUAUACGAAGGGGGACUGAAGUUAUGGGAAGGUUCUCUGGAUCUUGUUAAAGCUCUAUGCUCGGAUGCUGAAAAUGGGAAUAUAUCAUUUACUGGAAAGCGUGUUUUAGAGCUUGGAUGUGGUCAUGGUAUUCCUGGGAUCUUUACUUGCCAUGAGGGUGCAGCUGUCAUACAUUUCCAAGACUUCAAUGCUGAAGUUCUGCGUUUUCUCACUAUUCCUAAUGUAAAUGCCAACCUUUCCAAGAAGCUUCAGCCUGCUGCUGCAAAUGAAGCAAAUCAUGAUACUGGAGUAGAAGUGCGCUUCUUUGCUGGUGACUGGAGUCAAAUCCAUGAACUUCUACCUUGUGUAAAUGACAAUGAAAAGGAUCUGAACAGCUCAGGGCAGAGUCCAACUUCUGGUUAUGAUAUUAUAUUGAUGGCAGAGACUAUCUACUCAAUCUCUGCUCAUCAAAAUCUCUAUGGACUUAUAAAAAAGUGCGUCAGCCGUCCUCAUGGAGUUGUGUACAUGGCAGCAAAGAAACAUUAUUUUGGAGUAGGUGGCGGAACACGACAAUUCAUGUCUAUGGUGGAGAAAGAUGGUUUUAUGGCUGCGUGCCUGGUUGCUGAAGUGGCAGAUGGUUCUUCUAAUGUCAGAGAGGUAUGGAAGCUUUCAAUUAAGUAGUGCUUGAACUUUGUUUACUACAUGAUCCUUGUAUUUGUUGAGUCAACUAGUGGCUCCUUGGCAUUCCAUUUGAGGAUCACAUUCUGAAGUUGUUACUUUAUCUGUACUGUAUGAAAGUGAGUAUUCCAUAAUUUGAUAAAAGGUAUCUCCUAUGUAUUUCGUUGUUCCCAUGUACUUCUUUCCUUUUCUGGUCUGUUACUUUUGAUAAACUAUUGUUUCAUUUUCAUAUGCUAGAAUUGUACAAUUGAAUUUUUGUAACUUGUGUUAAGUAGUAGUAUGAUUUCACGUUGCAUCUUCUAUAUUGGAUUGUGGUUUUUAUAUCUUUA